UCGUAUGUGUAACCCGCUUCGCGUUUCGGCAGUAACACCUGUACCGUGGCGGCGGCAGUCAGCACAGGUUCAUUCCGGAUUCGAACGUGUGACAGUUAACGUGGUUUUAUCGCUCGUGCUCGAGCACGAGGAACACGAUUUUUGGUUUAGAUUUUGAGUGAGUGUGUGAGCGUCGGGCGUGACCCUCCGGCAGAAUGGGCGAUACCAGUGCACCGAAGCGUAUCCGCAAGAAACCCUCGGGAAUAUUGAAACUGGACAGUGUGCGUCGUCGAGAAUCGUCCGGCAGUUCGUUGCUACAGCUCGGCGAAGAGCUCUCACCCCCUUCAUCCGUGUCGCCCCAGCUGUCGGUCACGUGGGCAUUCCCACCGGUGGGACAUUCACCCGACGAUCUGCCCGAGAACGCAGAUGCCAGUGAUUUGAGCACGGAGCAACAUCCGGAAGUCAUUAGUGUUCCGCCGUCGCACGAUGGCCGCGCCGGUGCGGAGCGUGCUUCAGCUGUCGGAAACGAAGGCCCGCCGGCAAAGGUGUCCACCACGUUGGAACAGCGCACCAAGCACCCAGUGAAAGCGUUCGCUACGACCGGCACGACCGGAAGCGUUAUGAAAUCACCGGACGUCGCGGGAGGCACGUUCUUUGGCGGUGAAUCAGGUUCGGGCGUUCGCUGUGAGUCGGACGACGAUGAGGACUAUUCCGCCAGUAUUAAUGCAAUCAUUCAACGGAAAGCAAGUGUUAAGAAAAAGCGCGGCGGUUACAAAGCAGGACAUCAUCGACGUACCUCAAGCCCGGCUAGUCAGAUGAUGGGACUUGGAUCGGAACCGAUGGCCGAUGGACGGCGUCGCUCGAGCGUCUAUACCACGAGCUCGGGCGAGACGGGCAUCACUCUGCCCGGCGAUGACCAUUCGAUUGGACGAGAUGAAUCGGCCGGAAGGCAGGACAAGCUGUUCGACACGAUCCGGCUGCAUAAGGAGGUACUGCAGACGGUCAAACUACAGCCAAUAAGCAUGAAGCGGAAGCUUCGCCUUGUACAGCAGGCAAAAAGCUACAUCACACGACACGAGGGAGCCUUGCAGGAACACUUUACCUCCCGUACGGCACGCAGCCUGCUGGCUCAGUUUAACAUCUUUCUGACCACGAAAUGGCAACAACUGCUCCGUGAGCUUGCAAAUUUGGCCACCUACCUGAUUCCUUGGGAAUCACGCAUCAAGGAAAUUGAGUCACACUUUGGUUCCGUCGUCGCCUCGUACUUCACCUUUCUUCGGUGGCUGUUUUCGGUGAACAUCGUCAUCUCGGUGCUGCUGGUCGUGUUCAUUAUGGUACCGGAGGAGAUUUACGUCGACCCGGAAAAGGCCAAAUGCGACAUCCGAAAGACGAUGUCCCGACAGGAGCUAGCAUUAACACGAAACUUUAGCACGAUCUGGGAGUUUGAGGGUCAUCUCAAGUAUUCACCACUGUUCUAUGGCUACUACUCCACCUUCUCUGGCGCGAUUGCAUGGGGUUAUAAUCUUCCCUUGGCUUACUUCUUCACCGGAUUGGUCGUAUACAUUUACAGCUUUGUGGCGACGUUGAAAAAGAUGGCUGAAAACUCUCGUAUGUCCAAACUGUCCUCCAAAGACGAUGAGUACGUAUUUUCUUGGAAGCUGUUUACCGGCUGGGACUACAUGAUUGGCCAUAUGGAGACGGCCCAGAACAGAAUGGCCUCCAUCAUACUUGGCUUCAAGGAGGCGCUGCUAGAGGAAGCCGAAAAGAAGAAGGAUACACGGAACUGGAAGAUCAUUAUGCUAAGGAUAUUGGUAAACUUUCUCAUACUAGGCCUGCUAGUGAUAUCCGCCUACGAGGUCAUACUGGUUGUGAAACGUUCGAUGGACAUCAAGGAGUCCGAUUCGUGGUGGAGACGGAACGAAAUCACUGUCGUCAUGUCGCUCAUCUCGUUCUUUUUCCCGAUGAUAUUCGAGGCCCUCGGCAUCAUCGAGUAUUAUCACCCCCGGAAGCAGCUUCGCAUACAACUUGCCCGGAUUAUGGUUCUAAACAUGUUGAAUCUGUACUCCUUGAUAUUCGCUCUGUUUGACAAGAUUGCACACAUGACCGGAGAACUACGGAGAAUGAAACCCGUUAACUUUACUUCGUCCGCUUCUUCCUGCUUUCUGCCAGAAGCGGGUGCCAGAUGGAACCUCGAGGGAGUUCCGAUCAAUAAGCACAGCAAGUAUAGAAAUGCGGACAUUCGUUCACUCUGCUGGGAGACGAUGUUUGGGCAGGAGUUGGCGAAGUUAACCGUUAUGGAUUUACUUGUGACCAUUAUUUCAACACUUAUUUUGGACUUCCUGCGAGCUCUCUUCGUACGGUUCAUGAACAGUUGCUGGUGCUGGGAUUUGGAGAAGAAGUUUCCCAAAUAUGGAGACUUUAAAAUAGCGGAAAAUAUUCUGCAUCUCGUCAAUAACCAGGGAAUGGUAUGGAUGGGUAUGUUCUUUUCGCCCGGCCUAGCCGUUUUGAACAUUGCUAAGCUGGUGAUCAUACUGUAUCUCCGUUCCUGGACCGUUCUGACCUGCAAUGUUCCACACGAGGUCGUGUUUCGAGCCUCUCGUUCGAACAACUUCUACUUCGCACUGCUACUCACCAUGCUCUUCCUUUGUGUGCUUCCCGUAAGCUACGCCAUCGUGUUCCUGGAGCCCUCAUGGCACUGUGGACCGUUCUCCAACUCGAACCGCAUCUAUCACCUUCUCACGAAUGCCACCGAGCAGAUCAUACCGGAGAUGAUCACCAAGUACAUUGUGUCACCGGCCGCGAUCAUUCCUCUGCUCGUUCUACUCAUUCUGAUUAUUUACUACCUAAUCUCCCUCACCGGCUCGUUGCGUGAAGCGAACCAAGAUCUCAAGCUACAGCUGCGCAAAGAACGGACCGAAGAGCGCAGAAAAAUGUUUAAAAUUGCCUCAAGCACUCAGCAACAAGCGCCCGGUACUGGAAUGGCCGGAAUCAAUGGUCUUUCGAGCUCCUGGCAUAAGGUGCUUGAUUCUACCCAGCUACGCCUUCAGUCUACAACGGACAAUGCAACCGACUCGGAGAACUCUAGCUCCAAGCGCAAGGAACUGUUGCAGCGCAUGAUGAAGAAAGCACUGCAGAAGGAAGGGCCGCUCGGUACGGAUGUGGAACCAUCCGGUGCAGGGGAACAGAAUUCUAUUGCCGAAUCACCGCUUCCGAUCUCACCACCCGUUAUUGGCACGGUCAAUGAAAAGAAUCGUCCCUCCGUACCAGUGAAACCGAAGCCCAAGGAAGCGGCGAAAGACGCUGGCGACACCGAUGUUUUUCGUUUCGAUCGUCGUUCGGUGGAGCACAUGCACCGUCACGCCGGCGAAGAGGAAACAGCAAACGGUACAGAAAGCGGUCGAAAAAAGUUCGAAAGAACACGCCCGUCCACAGCGGAACGGUUCCGAAUGGCGGCACAAGCCGAACGACGCCGUAUGCAUAACAAACUGGCGACGGAAAAGAUGGCAGAUAAAACGGCCGACUGGAUCGAAAAGAUUCCCGUCAUUACGAUCAGCAAAACAUCGAGCGAUGAGUGCAUCAUCGAUUCGGACCUAGAGGAUCCAAACGAUCCUGCUGCCUCGAGCACCAAAGAGUUGACGGUCGAUCGCAGACGGGACCAUUCGUCGUAUAAAGCCGCCAAACGGUCUGCGGCCAGCUAAAGUGGUACAUCGGUACAUUUUGAGCCUUUACUUACCUAGUCCGUACGCCGUAUGUGAAACAAACAAACAAGCAUCCGUGUGAUCUCACUGUGCACUACUUUUUGAUGUGUAUUUACUGUUGUAACUUUAGGGAACUUGAAAGAUUUAGAUGUCGUUAGGCAAUUUUCAGAACUUUAACGCAUAAUAUAUUGGAUGUUGGACGUUUUUAACCGUUUUACGAUAAA